AUGUCAGUGUCGUCGUCGCCUCAUGAGUCUCCACAAAGUCCCUCAGACAGCUCCUCCACAGGUCCCGGGAAGUCCCUGAGUCCAGUCCUGGUGUGCCGAGUCUGUGGCGACAGCAGCAGUGGGAAACAUUACGGGAUCUACGCUUGUAACGGCUGCAGUGGCUUCUUCAAACGCAGCGUCCGACGAAGACUCAUCUACAGGUGCCAGGCUGGGACCGGGUUGUGUCCUGUGGAUAAAGCUCACAGGAACCAGUGUCAGGCCUGUAGACUCAAGAAGUGUCUGCAGGCGGGAAUGAACAAGGACGCGGUGCAGAAUGAGCGCCAGCCUAGGUCCACGGCUCAGGUACGACUCGAGUCCAUCGACCUGGACCCGGACAAGGAGCACCUGGCCACCACCCGUGAGGUCACUUCCUGUUCCACUUCCUGCUCUUCCUCAUCCACUUCCUCGUCUGUGAUCACAUGGCCCCACAUUACUUCCUCCAUAAGCUCCUCCUCCCAGCGCAGCUUGAGUCCAAACAACCACCGCUUCAUGGCCAGUCUCAUGACCGCAGAAACGUGUGCAAAACUCGAGCCAGAGGACGUGGACGAGAACAUAGAUGUGACGAGUAAUGAACCGGAGCGGGCCUCAGAGUACCACAUGUCGCUGUAUCCCUCCGCCUCAGAGAAUGUGUACGAGACGUCCGCACGGCUCCUCUUUAUGUCUGUGAAGUGGGCCAAGAACCUCCCAGUGUUCUCAAACCUGCCCUUCAGAGACCAGGUGAUUCUGCUGGAGGAGGCGUGGAGUGAGCUCUUCCUGUUAUGUGCGGUACAGUGGUCUCUGCCUCUGGACUCUUGCCCCCUGCUGGCGGUGCCAGACCUGUGCACGUCUCAGGGAAAGUCUGGCCUCAGCGCUCUAGACCUGAGAUUGCUCCAGGAGGUCUACACCCGCUUCAAGAGCCUCACUGUCGACCCCACAGAGUUCGCCUGCCUCAAGGCCACUGUGCUCUUCAAACCAGAGACUCGGGGGCUGAAGGACCCAGAGCAGGUGGAGAACCUCCAGGACCAGUCUCAGGUGAUGCUGGGACAACACACCCGCUCCCACUACCCAAGUCAGCCUGCCAGGUUUGGAAAGCUGCUGCUGCUGUUACCGUCUCUGCGCUUUGUGAGCUCAGACAGAAUCGAACUCCUGUUUUUCCACAGGACCAUUGGAAACACACCCAUGGAGAAACUACUCUGUGACAUGUUCAAAAACUAA